AAUAAUCCAAAACAUAGUUGAUGCGUCUAUUAUGUCAAUAAUCCAGUGUCAGAUAGGACUGUAACGUUACUUAUGUUUUGUUUGUGCACAUUUAUGAAGUGAUUGUAAAAAUAGAGAUACUGUUUCUUUUUUGAGAGCUAAGGGAGUACUGGUGAGUCUGUCUUGUAUAGCCUAUAUAUGCGAAGACAAAGAUUGAUCUUCAUUUAUUAUCAGCUAAAUUAGAGGACUUUGUCCUACACUCACGGUCACUAGGUGCGUCUCAAUUGACUGCAAGUGCUCUGGCUAGAAAGUGAACUUUACAAUGCUUUCUGAAAUGUAAAGUGAUUCCAAUCCGAAAGGAGCGUACGUAGUUCGAAGCACACUGCAAACGCCAGCCGCAGAGGAACUAAUAAAGGUACACAGUGCAGAGUUCCAGAAAGUCAGUCAGGCAGACAUGAAGGCUUCGGGUUCCCUUCAGACUGAUCCGAAGGCGAACACAGAUGCCAGACUACAGCCAAACUGUAGCAGUCCAAGGCUGGAAAAUCGCUUUCUGGCUCAAGCGCCCUCAGUAUUGUCUCAGCAUCAGUGCACAUCUCCAUCAUGGGCCAAGCAGACCUCCAUCUCCUCACAAUGUCCAGCACUCCAGCCAACCAGCCUGUCCUCCACCAUUGCCACCUCCUCUCUUCUGUCAUCCACAACGAUGAGCUCACUAUCCUCUUCCUCCUCUCUGCUGAGCACUAAGAGUACCCUCCUAAUGGAGCCUUUACUUCAUCCUCCAGUCUCAUCCUCCUCCUGUUCUCCUAAUCCUUUACUCUCUUACUCCAAAAUGUCAACUCGCAGUGCCGCCCCACCUGUCUGCUCCUUACCAACAACUUCAAUGGAGAAUAAAGCUGGCUCAAAUAAAAAGAGAGAAGUUGAAGGCAAGCAUUUCUCACCUAAACGGCUGCUGGGAUCUAGUAAGGAGCCUAGACAGGAUGUGAGUCAUGAAAGCUUGGAAGAGGAUGACGAGAAGCUGUCUUCUGAGAUGCUUGUCCUGAAUAUGGAUUUAGAUGGAGAGGGGGAGCAGACUGUAGCUCCUCAUGAGGAGUUUGGGGUGCUUGAAGCAAGCGAGGAUGAGCAUCUGGUGGAAUUGAGGGACAGAAAGAACAUUCUGCUGAAUAUGGUGUGCUGCUCACUUGUCAAUAAGAGCUGUACCCCGGGCCAGAAGGACUGGGAUAAGAAGAGGAGUGUGUGGGCCGUUAUUAAGGUUCUGGCCGCAGAGAUUACCACAGAAGACCCUGAGUUUCUCCUAAAGGUUGCUGUCUAUACUAGGCAGGAACUAAACAUUCGUAUCACAGCCAACUUCCUGCUGGCACUGGCGGCCCAUCUGCCUGGUUCUAAGCCACACUUUAGAAGAUACUUUUGUGCUGCUGUACAGCUGCCAUCUGAUUGGCUGGAGGUGACAAGAAUCUAUAGCACGUGUUUCAGUAAAUCUUUACCCUCCUGCCUGAAAAAAGCUCUAGUGGAUAAAUUUAAGCAGUUCACUAAAUAUCAGCUGGCCAAACACAAUACACGGAAGCAUCGCUGCAAACACAACAAGAAACGAACAAAAGGAGAGAAAAUCUCUGCUGCACAGUGGAAAAAGUGGGGUGAUCUUGUCAGAGUCCGCAAAUCUAUUCUCAAAAAAUAUUUGGAGAGACCAAAUCGUACUGCAAUGGAUAAAAAACAGAGUGAAUUCAGCCUCAAGAAAAUGAUAAAGCGCCUUCACAUCAAAGAACCUGCAGAACAUGUCAUGGCCAUUCUGGGAAAGAAAUACCCGAGUGAUCCGAAGGCCUUCUCUCGCAGUGGUCUUAGUGGGGUUUGGGAGAGAGAGAGAGCUGGAAAGCCAAUGAAACUUAAGCAACCUGACACGUGGGAAUGCAAACUAAGUCAGGAGGGAAACAAAGCUGCCACCUGGGAGAAACUUAUCGAUGGAAAGUCUCUUCCUUUUAUGGCAAUGCUGAGGAACCUGAGGAACAUGAUCUCUGUGGGCAUCAGUGAGAAACAUCAUACUAAGAUCCUCAACAGACUGACCUCGAAGACUGCUGUAAUCCAGAGCAGGCAGUUUCCUUUCCGUUUCCUGUCUGCAUAUAAAGUCAUUUUGGAGCUCAGUAAAUUUGCUGGUGGGCCUGCGGUCGAGGUGCCAAGCUCCAGGGAGAUCCUGCAAGGAGUUCUUAAGAAAUUGCCAAAGAACAAAAGAUUUCGACAAUACAAAUGGGAAACAACAGCACGCAAGAGACUGAGGAUUACAAUGAGAGUUCCCUUUGUCUACCGCAUAUUCAAUAGCAAAUGCAAUCUCCUGAAAAAAGCAAACCAGGGGCUGUACACUCAGGAGCUUCUGAACAAGUACUGCUGUGCUUUGGAGAAAGCUGUGCAGAUCUCCUGCAAGUACAACAUCCCACCUCUCCCUGGACGCACUCUUGUGAUGUAUAAUGCUGAUAUUUCAGAGGGCCAUAACUGGAGUGGCACUGAUGAUGUCUGCUUGCCCCCUGAAAGCACUGACAACAUCAAUGAGAAUAAACUCUCAGCAUCGGUACAGGAAACUGCCAUGCUUUUAUGCAUGAUGAUUAACUACUGUAGCGAAGAUUCCCAAGUCAUGCUGUUUAGCCACCAAGGCCUCCAGGAGGUCAGGGUGAAGUCUGAUGUGCUUUUGGAUAAUGUGAGACAAGCAAUGAAGCAACUAAAGGAUUUGAAUGCCUACUAUAUACAAUCUGAAUGCAUAUCUCGUGCAGCAUUCUUUGCUAAGCACACUGAAGAGAAGACAAAGCUGGAUCGUAUAGUUGUGUUUGAAAGUUACUACACCAACGUAGAUUUAAUGGCGGAGAUCAAUAACUAUCGACAGAUCAACCAUGAUACUGUUGUGAUUCGUGUGCUGCUCAGAAAAAUGUCUCCAAUUUAUACUUUGAAAUACAAACUGAGUUCCAACAUUAUAGAGCUUUGGGGGUUUAGCGAGCAGUUCCUGAAGAUUGUCUCAGAGAGAGGCUCCUCGAGGAUGCUGCAGCAUGUGGAGCACAUGGACAGAGUCUAUAACAUCCCGCCACCACAGGGGCACAAAACUGAACCUGAUAGAGCUGCUGAUGUCAUCUCACUGCCGGCAACACCAAAGUUCAGAUGGAAGGGUGUGCGAGUGUUCAUCUCUUCUACGUUCAGGGACAUGCAUGCGGAGAGGGAUGUUCUUGUGCAUAGCGUAUUUCCGGAGCUCAGGAGACGAGCCGCUGCACACUAUCUCUACCUGCAGGAAGUGGAGCUACGCUGGGGCGUCACAGAGGAGGAGUCUAACCGUGCUGUGGAGCUCUGUCUGUCAGAGGUCUGCCGCAGUCAGCUGCUGCUUGGGAUUCUGGGAGAGAGAUACGGCCUUGUGCCGCCCCGCCCCACCCUACGUGAACUUCCUCAAUACAGCUGGCUGAACUCUGCGCCUGAUGGGUUAUCCAGCACUGAAAUGGAGAUUCGACAGUUUCAAGCUCUGUUUCCAGACUCUGCCCAGAGCCGCAUGUUCUUCUACUUCAGAUCAGCCUCUUCAGUACCAAUGGCUUGGAGGACAGACUUUGUGGCAGAAUCCAAAGAAGCUGAUGCUAAAAUGAACAGCCUGAAAACAUGGAUCCGGAAUAACGACUUCAAAGUGACAGAAAAUUAUCCCUGUGAAUGGGGUGGGGUGGUGGAUGGAAAGCCCUAUCUGAAAGGCCUGGAGGACUUUGGGAAGGCGGCACUGGAGGAUAUCUGGGAAGUCAUACAGCAGCUCUUUGUGAAGGAUACAGAUGAAGAUUUGGCCUCAGAGAUUAAGGAACAGGAAGUGCAUCAGGAUGCCCAACAGCGGCAGUUUCAUGGCAGGGCAAAGCUUAUUUCUAUGGCAACAGCAAAAGUUCAAGAAUGUCAGCAAAAAGGAGGAAUUCUGAUGGUUGAGGGAAAUCCUGGAGAGGGCAAAACUGUGUUCAUGGCUGCCCUGGCCCAGGCACUCAAAACCGCUGUCAUAAACAAGAAGGCCCCUCUGUGUGAUGUCAUAUCCUACUCCACAGAUGCUAGCCAGUCAGCUUGCAGUAUUGUGCAGCUUCUUCGCUGUCUUGUUCAAUGGCAGAGGAAAAGAAAAGACAAUGCGGAGUUGCCUCCAAACACAUCUUAUAAAGACUUGUUGUCUGAGUUCCACUUGAACUUGAAUGAGUUUAACAAAAAGAAGCCACUGGCAUUGCUUGUUGAUGGGGCGGACCGUAUCCAUGACGGUCGAGGUCAAAGGGUGUCAGAAUGGAUCCCACAGCACAUCCCUAAAGGUGUCUGUUUGGUCCUGAGUGUUACUUCAGAAUCAUCCCCACAAAACAUUAUUAGCAAAAAGAAAGGUAUCGUGUCAUUUCCACUGGGGCAGUUAUCUUUACCUGACAAGAAGGAGAUUGUGCAGAAGCAGCUUGUUGAGUUUGGAAAGAAACUGAGUGAUUCUGCUUUCAAUAACCAGCUUCAGAGACUGUUGAUGAAGAAAGGCUCUGUGAGUCCACUCUACCUCCAUUUGGCUUGUGAGGAGCUUAAGAAUUAUGCCUCCUUUGAGAAGAUGAAGGACAGCCUCCAGUCUCUUCCUCAGUCUGUUGGUGAGCUGGUGCAGCACAGUCUGCUGAGGCUGCAGAAUCAAUAUGGCAGAGCAGGACUGGGAUGGGCAUUCGCUACACUUGCCAUCAGCUCUACUGGACUGCGGGAGAGUUCUCUUUACACUAUACUGAACAUGUGCAAUGAUUUAAACUCCAGAGGUGGGCUGGUGACAUGGCCAGAAAUUCUCCAUAUAGCGAGGCAUCCAGAGAGCCGUGUUCCCAUGGCCAUAUUCUCUCAGCUGGCACGAACUUUGCACAGCCUAAUUGGACCAUCCCAUGGUCAGGGUUCAGAUGACCUCCUGAUUUUGACCCAUCCGGAGGUGAAGUCAGCCUUUGAACAUCUGUAUCUGUCUACUGAGGAGAGUAGAACCAGAAGUCAUCUGAUAAAUGCAGCUCACCUUUGGGUGCAGUCAAAUCCUCAGGGGAAGGACACAUUUCUUCAUUCUGACGCUGAUAUUCUGUCUCAGCUCCCUGUGCACCUGAUGGGCAGUAAGCAGUGGGAUACUUUGUGUUUUCUGCUGUCCAGUUACUACUUCCUCUAUGCUAAUGUGCGGCAUGGACUUCUUCACCAACUUCUGGAGACCUACAUUUUGUUUGCCCCAAAAUAUGAGACUCAUCAGGUGAAAACUUCAACAGAUAACAUGAAGGAUUUUGAGGACUGUCUGAGUUUCCUAAAGCGUCACAGCCUUCUCUUCUCCCAGUGGCCUGCUCUCUUUGUUCAAACGGCUCUUAAUGAACCUUGUGAAAGCUCUGCCCAUUUGUGGGCAAAAAGCAUGACAAGAAAUGGAGGAGUGCGUGCUGUAAAAUGGCUAAACUGCACAGAUGCAAUAAAAAACGAAGCCAGUGAGCUGGUUUCUACCUUCCGCUCUGAGCCGAGUUGUGUGGUGGUGAGUCCUGAUGGAAAACUUGUAGCAGUGGGGACUGAAGACGGAACAAUUCACCUUCUGCAUACAGAGACUGGACAGGAAGUGAAGUCAUUGAUGAGCAGUGGUGAUGGCAUCUCCGGUUGCAUCUUUCUCGGGGAGGAGCUUCUGGCAACAACUUCAUUUGAUGGGCAGGUGGAAGUGUGGGAUGUUGCGAGUGGUUUCAGAACUGCCCACGUGAAUGCUCAUUCCAGCAGAAUCACAGGAUGUGAUGUCAGUCCAGACAAAAAACUCUUUGCUACUGUCUCACUAGACUUAAACUUGAAGGUGUGGUCAGCGCAGAAGAGCACAGAGGUGGCUUCUCUCAUGAAUCCCUCUCCCCUGAACUGUGUGAACUUUGACCUUGAGGGUCAGCUCGUGGCAGUGGGCUGCUGGGAUGGAGCCGUUCGUUUGUGGAACUGGCUUGAACAGAAAAACGUUACGACUCUGUUAGGUCAUCAGAGUUCAGUGCGGAGUCUGUCUUUCUCUCCCUGCUCCUCCAUGUUGUGCUCAGGCUGUCUGUCAGGAGAAGUGUGGCUCUGGUCAGUGACAGCAGCUGCUUGUGUGGGCAGUUAUCAUGCUCACCGCGGCUCCACGCAGUCACUAAACUUCCUGCAGGGAGGAAAACUCUUGCUGAGUGCUGGACAUGACAGUGUGGUUCAUGUAUGGUCUGGUGGUCUUGGGAAAAUUGUUGCUGUAUUGGGAGAAGAAAAGCAAAAGCGCACCAGAUGUGGAAAUGAGGAUGAAGCUAAUGCUCUGUGUGUGGCUGUGGCUGGUGGAUACGCUGCUGUGGGUUACCAGAAUGAUGGUAUCAGAAUGUUCAGUUUGAAAUCAGGAGAGAAGGUUUGGUCCAGUGAAGAUCUCCCGGUGUCCAUGCUCUGCCUCAUGUGGAUGGAGGCCAAAGAAACAGAGCUGCUGCUGUCAGGGGGCAUGGAUCACAAUCUCAGGGUCUGGGAAAGGCAAGCACAAAAUCCAGAAAAUCUUGUGUUGGUAGGAUCUUUUGGCGUGCAGAAGGGAACUAUUCUCGCCCUGGCUCAGAACUCCACCUGUGUGGCUUCUACGUCUGAUGACUUCACUAUUGCUCUGUGGUUGAAGGAUACGUUGACUUCUAAGCCCUGGAUUGACCCAAAGGUGAUGUGUAUUCUGAGAGGUCACAAUGGGGGGGUCACAUGCCUUGCCUUCAGUCCAGAUGGGAAAGAGUUGCUGUCAGGAGGAAAAGAUCAGGCUUUGAUGAUGUGGAAGAUAAACGCUUCUCCUCCAGUUCUUUCCCAGUCCAUUUCUAAUUGUCAUGGAGACUGGAUUACAGGAUGUGCCUGGACAUCAUCUGCUGUGCUCAGCUGCUCCAGUGACUGUAAGCUGCGGAUGUGGGAUAUCCAGACAGGAUGUUUGUUGAGAGAGAUCCUGUCUAGUUCAUCUCUGACCACAUUGUGCUGUUGGGAGGAUUAUGUAAUGUCAGGCUCUACAGAUGGACUGCUGAUGGUUUGGAAGUGGGAAUCAGGGGUAGAAAUCACCAGGAUCCAGGCCCACAAGUCACGUCUCCAUCACUGCACUGUUGUCUCAGAUCUGGAAAAUUAUUUAAAACCAGAAGACUUACUGGUAGCUUCUGCAUCAGAAGAUGGAACUGUUAAACUCUGGCAUCCACUGCAGGUACAGCAUCACAGCACUCUGCAUGGUCACAGUGCAGAAAUCCAGUCUUUAGUGUGCAAGAAGACCAGACCGUCGGAGUUUCUCACUGUCUCAGUGGAUCGUUCCCUCAGGUCAUGGAGCGUCACCACAGCAAUGGAAACCCCUCGCUGCCGGAAGGGCAGUGUCAGAGUUGUGUACUUCCUGGGUACUGAUGAUCUCAUGGUGUGUGGUUAUGACACAGGCAGAUUGGAGAUAUGGCAUCAGAAUUCAAUGGUUUACUGGAAGAAGGUCAGUGAUGGCAGCUUAUGUGCAGUCACUGGGAUGCCGGAUGAUGAGCUGGCGGUGAGUUGCAGCGACUGCUCUGUAUGUAUCUGGAAACUGGAGCGGGACUCCAAGAAGUGCAUUGUGGGGCUCGAUAAGGUGUCUUCAUACAAAGUGGAGUCUCCUUUGAGUUUUUUGUUUUACUGUGGCAGUCUGUUUGGAGUGUAUAUGGGUGGAACAGUCACUGAUGUGCUCUCUAGUAAAGCAGCUUAUAACUGGUUAAGAAGGGUAUGUCCUCUCGGCAUGAUAGCGAAUGAUAGCAAGAGCUUUUGGCUGUUGGGUCAGACACGGGGCGUUCUGUACGUUGGGCUCAUUUUGUCUCUGAAUCCGAGUGAAUCAGACUUCUUCUUAGCCUUUUGUGAUGAUGCAAUAAGUAAGAAGCCAAAGGACUUAGAGAUAGAGGAGGAAAUGGAUGAGCAGCAGGAGGAGGAGGAGCAGCAGGAGAAGCUGAGUGAGGAACAGUGGAGAGAGAGGCAAACUGCAAUCCAGAGGGCAGCACAGGUCAGCUCCUGGAUCACAGCUGCAGCAGUGCAGAACGACUUUUUUGUGUGUGGUGAUUAUAAAGGGAACAUGUGGUUCAAUCAGCCUCCUAAUGUGUCCACCUGGACUCAAAGAAGACCGGCACACACGGACAAAGUGAGUGUACUGCGACUUACUGAGAGCCUCAUCAUCUCAGCUUCUCAUGACAGAACCGUCAAACUGUGGGACAGACGAACUAAGAAACAGGUGGGCAUGUUUGUGUGUGGAGGCCCUGUCAAGGUUCUGGAGGUGAACCCAUGUGACCCCAAGGAAUUUGUUUGCAGUGAUACGCAGGGUCAGCUGUACUUCCUGUCUUGGAAAGGUUGAUUUCCUGAACAUCAGUUAAAGGACACAGUCACUUGCUGCAUGUCAUUAUUCGUACAUUUGUAAUCUUUAAUCUUUUUUACCAUCAGUUGUAAUGUUGGAUUCUGCACAUUUUCAUUUUCUUUUACAUGCAUGAAGCAUUUUGCAAUAAUGAUAAUAUUGCCUUAAACUAAGCCAUAUGAAGACUAUUUGUGUUGAUUUUAUUAUAUCCAUUUUACUGCCUCUUGAUUACAUUGUCAAUUUAUUUUUUUUUAAGGGUUGUAUAUUCUUUAUGUAAAAAGCUGUUCUGGGAGAAUAAACGGUCUGCAGGUUCACAUGGGGAACAACAGAUGCCCACUGAAUGUGCUGUGAUGGUGUUCUCCAUUGUCGAAUAUCCAUUGUCCAGGAUAGAGAUUUACCUUCACUUUACCCCCUUCUUCUAGCAGCAGAGAGACUCCAUUUGAAGAGCUGAUAAAAUAAUCACUUGCUUGGUGUCCAUGUGUAGAAAUGAUAUGCUGGUCAUUUUUAGAUGCAUUCAGCUGAGAGCGUUAUAGAAAAUUCCAGAGAUACAUUCACACUAUAUGAAUUGAUUCACCUGUGUUUGGAUCAUAGGCAUUUCCAGUAUUAAGGAAGACAUAUUUGUAAAUCAGAGUGUGUAAACCAUUAAAAAAGGGUCCAAUGUUAUGUGAUCUAAAAGAGGUAAACAGAGAGGCUGAGAAAGCCACAUUUGAAGCUAAAACAAACUUAUUAAUUAGAUUUUUAAAGAAUUUAAUUAAAUUUACUCUAUUGUUUAGAAUUUUGGGGUUGGUAAAUGUUCUCUCUCUCUCUUAAAAGAAGUCUCUGGAGGCUGCAUUUAUUUGCAAAAAAUCAGUAAUAUUUCGCUUAAUUGAUAAUAAUUUGCUAAACCAAAUCAACUGAAUUCAUGUUCUUUUAUAUAGUCUUAAAAACAGAACGUCUUGCAUAAUAAACUGUCUAAUUGACUGGACUACGGAAGCAAUAUUUAAACUAGGAAGUCCUGAAUAUGCAGAAGGAAGCAUUGCACAGUACUGUGCCUUUAUUUCGCCAUUAUUUUUCCAAAUUCUUCUUUUCUUCGUUGUUAUGCUAUAGUUUCUGUUGAAUAAAGCUUUUACUCUGA